AUGCCUCCUCCUCCUCCACCUCUUUCGCAAACUUUCAAGAAUGGAAUCAAGAACGACCACCCCGUGCUGCCGGUGGCGGCGGCGGCCGCAUCCUCGUCGAAAGCCCACCGAGACAGGAGAAUGGUCAAGGCAAGGCGCGCCCUAAAGACCUUCGUCGUCAGCGUUGGGACGAAUCUGACCCUAACCAUGGCCAUCAUCCUUCUGUUCGGGUCGGGCAAGAGGUUCAACGCGAGGCCCAAGCCAAUGUGGUCGCCCCCGCUCUGGCUCGUGCAUGCGGCCUCGCUCGGUUCCUCCUUCUUCAUGGGCCUCGCGAGCUGGCUCGUGUGGGCCGAGGGUGGGUUCGGUGCCCAAUCCGAAGCGCUGCCCCUCUACCUCGCCGGGACAUCGCUCGGCAUAGUGUGGGACCCGCUGGUCCUUGUGAUGGGGGCGGAUUGGGUCGGGCUGGCCUUUUGCCUCGUGCAUCUGGGGACUCUUGUGGCGUGCAAGCGCGAGUUCGGGAAGGUGAAUCCUCUCGCCGGAGAUAUUGUGAGGCCUUGCGUGGUGUGGGUGGGAUUUCUUACGAUUUUUACUUUUAGCCUUGCGAUUUCUUGAUUUAAGCUACACUUUAGUUUAAUAUAGAGAUCAUUACAUAGUAGA